UCUUAUUCAUUGAAAUGCUGACGUUUUAGACAGAGCCGGCAGCCUUGACGUUCGAUCAAAGCCGAAAGUUGAUUUUGUUUUAUUUGUGACAGCUUGUGUGUGAGAUUCAUCCACAGAUCGGAGACAUAAAUGGCGGACGAGACGAGCCAAGGUGCAGAGCAAAUAUCGCUGCGGGAGCUGUAUGUUUCUGAUAAACAGGGCAGUGAUCAGGAUGGAGACGGGACCGAACAAAAACCAUUCAAAACACCACUGAAGGCAUUGUUUUUUGCUGGAAAAGAGCCAUUUCCGACCAUCUAUGUCGAUUCUCAGAAAGAAGGAGAGCGCUGGGCUGUUAUCUCGAAAACCCAGAUGAAGAAUGUGAAAAAACUCUUCCAUAAGGAACAAAUGAAGACGGAUGUGAAAGAAAAGAAAGAGGUGGAAGAUGCUGAGAGGAGAGAGAAAAAUCUGGAAGAAGCCAAGAAGAUAGUUAUUGAGAAUGACCCCAGCCUUCCAGAACCCAAAACGGCUAAGAUCAGUCAGCUGGAGGCUCUGAGGGAACAGAGAGUCAAAGUGUUCGGCUGGGUGCACAGGAUACGCCGGCAAGGAAAGAACCUUCUGUUCAUUGUGCUGAGAGAUGGAACAGGAUUCCUGCAGUCUAUACUCAUCGAUAAACUGUGUCAGUGCUAUAACGGGCUCAUGUUGUCUACUGAAAGCACGGUAGCUCUGUAUGGAACAGUGAAGCCGGUUCCUGAGGGAAAACAGGCUCCGGGAGGCCAUGAGCUGCACUGUGAUUUCUGGGAGCUGAUCGGUCUCGCUCCAGCCGGUGGUGCCGACAAUCUGCUGAAUGAGGAGUCGGAUGUGGAUGUUCAGCUCAACAAUAGGCACAUGAUGAUCCGUGGAGACAACGUGUCCAAAAUCCUGCGAGUGCGCUCCACAGUCACCCACUGCUUCCGAGAGCACUUCUUCAGCCGCAGCUAUUAUGAGAUCACUCCUCCCACUCUGGUGCAGACCCAGGUGGAAGGUGGCUCCACCCUCUUCAAUCUGAAUUAUUUUGGAGAGCAGGCGUACCUGACCCAGUCGUCUCAGCUUUACCUGGAGACGUGCAUCCCAGCCCUUGGAGACACGUUCUGCAUCGCCCAGUCCUAUCGCGCUGAGCAGUCUCGCACACGCAGACACCUGUCCGAGUACACCCACAUUGAGGCUGAGUGCCCCUUCAUGACCUUUGAAGAUCUGCUGAACAGAUUAGAGGAUCUGGUGUGCGAUGUGGUGGAUCGAGUCCUGAAAUCUCCUGCUGCUCCGCUGCUCUACGAACUCAACCCUAACUUCAAGCCCCCCAAGAGACCAUUUAAGAGAAUGAAUUACUCCGAGGCCAUUACAUGGCUUAAGGAGCACGACAUUAAAAAGGAUGACGGGACCUACUACGAGUUUGGAGAGGAUAUCCCUGAAGCCCCUGAGAGGCUGAUGACGGAUGCCAUUAACGAGACCAUCCUGCUUUGUCGCUUCCCAGCUGAGAUUAAAUCAUUUUACAUGCAGCGCUGUCCCGAGGAUCGACGCCUCACUGAAUCGGUUGAUGUGUUGAUGCCUAAUGUUGGUGAGAUCGUUGGAGGAUCGAUGCGUAUUUGGGAUGCCGAGGAGCUCCUCGAGGGCUAUAAGAGAGAAGGCAUCGACCCCACUCCCUACUACUGGUACACUGACCAGAGGAAGUACGGCACGUGUCCUCACGGUGGAUACGGGCUUGGCCUCGAGCGUUUUCUCACCUGGUUGCUCAACCGUCACCACAUUCGAGACGUGUGCCUGUACCCACGCUUCAUCCAGCGCUGCAAGCCCUAAACGUCCACAGGAAACAUGUGCCUCAAACUCUGCCCUGUCUGCUUUAUCAGUCCGUCUCGCUCGUCUCAAGAAGACUAAAUGCUUUUCCUUACAUACUAUCUGAGGCACACAACAUUUAUACAUCCGUGUUUAAAAAAUUUAAUCUCACUGAAAUAUGUGAUAGUCUCAUUAUAUGCCUAAUCACUCUGUGGAUACUUUCUCUGGAGUAAUAAAUGACUGAGAUGCUUAAUUUC